AUGGAUCGUGAUAGAAGAUUUGAUGAAUCGCGCCGUGGAGGAGAGAGUUAUCGCCCUCUGGAACGCAACUUCCGCCGCUCCCCCCGUCCUGAUAACUGGUCAUUUCGCUCUCCACCUCGCAACCGGUCGCCGAUGAGGCCCUCUGCAGAUACAUGGGCACCCUCAAGCAGGCCUAGGCCACGGAGCCGCUCCCCAGAUAACUUCAGGCCACGCUCAAGGAGUCCCCCAUUCAGAGGCCGUGAGAGAGGCCCUAAUUUUGGAAACAGACCUCGUUCUCCUCUCAGACGGCCAUCCCCCGGUCGUGAUAGACCUCCAAGAUUUAACAGAAGGUCACGAUCACCUCCGCCAUUUGAUAGGAAUCGGAGUCCAGGUUUGAAGCGUGGCCGCGAUCCCUCUCCUUCGACCAUCAACGCACCUCGUGCACCAAAGAGAGAACGAAAUAACUCACCUCCACGAAAUCGAUUCGACCGACCACGGUCACCUCCCUUCAAUGAGAUUAUGCAACAGCGAGAUUCAAGAAUGGAUGGCCGCAGGCGGUCAAGAAGUACUGAUAGACGAAGCUCACGAGGUGAUCCAACAGGCGCAAGAGGGCCGCCACCACCUCCGCGAUCGCCAUCUAUCACGGAACGCUCUGGUCCGAACUCUGCGCAUGGCUCGGCAGCUACAUCCCGAAGAUCCUCUCCUCCUGUUCCGGAAAGAAUAAAUCGCAAUUACUCAGUUUCAUCAGUGCACGGCCCACCCCACGCUAUGUCACGACCACAAUAUGAUAGCCCUCACGCUCACACGAAUGCAUCUCGUUUUCCUGAGGGAAACCGGAGACCUUCCAGCCGGCCUCCGUCACCCUCUAGACGGCCCCCAAGCAAUCAUCGUCUGCAAUCACCUCGCUCAAACGAACCGCAAAGGUCAUUUGUCGAUAAUGAAUAUGACCGUGGUCAAAGCACAGUUAAAUCCCCGAUGGAUUCUCGCAGCGAAAGCAAUACAUCAAUGCAAUCCCAAGGUGUAAACGUUCCCGAAGGGAGAUCUCCACCUCUUGGCCCUUCUGCGGCUUCAAGGUCGAUGAGACAGUCCGCACGUGGAGGGCAUAUGGCUCUAUUGUCAGCUCCAACGCGGCCCAAAGGUGCAUCUGGGCCGGCUUUCAACAGAGACGGGCCCCCUACUGGGCCUCGUGAAAGUGUAAGGCCCGGUCCUAGCUUGGGUCCUAGCAUGGUACGACGUGGCAGUUCCCAUACGUCCGCCGCCCAGCAUCAUGGACCCCCUCCCUCUGGCCCUCGCGGUGUAGGAGGGAGCCUUGCUCCCGGUACAGCCCAUGAUUCUAGGCCACGACCACCCUUUAGGCAUGGGAGUGGAGUGUCCACAAACUAUCCACGGCCACCAAGAGUUACUAAUCAUCUAGCUGGCCUUCCUGCUAUCGUUCCAGGGGGAAGGCUAUUGCCUUCCGGUCUAGAUCCCAUAACAGAAAAGCGGCUGGCCCAGCUAGAAGCCGAUAAGGAGAAGCUUUUAGAACAGAUUUCCGAAAAACAGAGGGUGAAGCGGGCAUGUCUUCGAGAGUGGGAGAAGCUAUGUAGAGAAUGUGAGACUGCCGCGUUAAGAACAGAUCUUGCGGACGGUCAUCUCCAGAGAAUGUCCGAAACGGAAGGCAUCGGAGGCGGUGUUGCCUUUUAG